AUGCCAAUAAAUUUUACCAAUCUUAUAAAUAACAACAAAUCUGCUGAAAUUCUUGAUGUUGUUCUUACUGGUGCUCUUGUUGUAGGCUCAUGCACGUUGAUGAUCCGGAUCAUGAUUGCACAGAGCAGGUAUUGGGAAGCUGUUUUUGAAAAUUUUGUUGAAUAUCCUGAAGGGGUUAAAGAUGAACCACCAGCAACUCUACUACCAUCAGAACAAGAUGAUGAAGCCAAUGAAUCUAGCAAUGGGUGGCAUUGGUUUAAUGGAUGGCCAGGGAUGCGUGAGUUUCUUUUCCGAGAACAAUUUGGGUUUUUUUUCCUACGAAACUCUUCUUUAGACUUGGCUAGUGCGCGACAGUUUUUAAAUGCACAUAGUCUGGGCCAAAUUUUUGAAAACUUUUCUACCACAGGUUCCGAAAACACAGCUUGGAGAGAGGUUGAAGAAAAUGAAGAUAAUGAAGAUAAUGAUGGUGAACAGCAUCAGCAUCAGCAUCAGCAUCAGCAUCAGCAUCAGCAUCAGCAUCAGCAUCAGCAUCAGCAACAACAACAACAGCAGCAACAAGGUGAAGGAAGAUCAGGAGAACAGAGGAUAGAAAAAGAUACAAUUUCUUUAAACCCAACUUUACGGUAUGAACGGAGCGAUGUACCUGUAGAAACACUAAUCUAUCUUAUGGACAAGAGUGGUCCCGAUAUUAAAUACAAAGAUCGAUCAACAGUCAAGCGUCUUAUCCAUGAUCUUAUGAAUGUGGACGACUUGGAUCGCUGGGAAUUGGCACUUGUGGCACUCAACAAGCCUACUGUUCUAAUCAAAUAUAUGUAUAUUGAUAAGGCAGUUGCAUAUAUAUUUUCAUUUACAUUUGUGUUACCAGUUUUACGUGGACUAUCGACCAUGGCUCGCAUGGAUCCGGUUAAGCUGACAGGUUUGCAUUUUUAUUGUGCGUCAACGGCUUUAGAAUUGUUUUAUACAAUGUAUGAUAUAUUAGUACUGGAUGAAGAGGGACCAGAGUGGGAGUUAGUAGCAUCUGUCAUUUCAAACCGACCUUCAAUAAACCAGGAAACAUUGGCUUCAGAAUGGUAUACAUUUGAACGACACCAAGAACUUUUGUCUACAAUUAAGAGAAAGUAUAGUCGGUUUGCUCGCAACUAUCGCAAAAAUCUAGGCCGUUCAAUGUUGCCCAUAGAGCCUGUUGAGUAUAUGGAUGAUUUUACAAUUAAGCGCAAGAUGCAGAAUCCUAUCACCAAGUUUGCCAUGAAUUUUGUUGGGUUGGAAAUUAGAAUGGGUAUUUUGCCAGAUUAUAAUCUGCCAUAA